AUGGCUAAUUUGAUGCAGCAGACGACGAACUUAGUGAAGCAACUGUCCGGCAUUCAAACACAACGAGAAUCAGAAACGGAACAGCCUCCAACAACAGCAUCAGAGAACCCAGACGAGGUACCAGACCUGAACCCCCCGAAGAAGAACAAGAAAGGAUCAGUACCAAAAGAGGCCACACGACAAAUUGCAAUGGGAUCAACGUCGAGGAUUCCGGAGGAGCCACCACUGAAGUCAAGAGACCAGCCAAGGGAGACCGACGGGUGGGAGGAACUGUUAGGAGGAAAUGGUAGGCCUGGCAAUAAGAGAGGUAAGCGCUCGGGAACCAACAUGCGGAACCAAAGGAAAUCCAGAGGAACUAAGCAGAGACUUGCCUUACUGCUGUCAGCUCAUAUACCAGAGGAAAUUGCCGACGUUUUGUCAAACGAGAGAGGCCAGAACAAGAGAGCGCGACCAGGAUCAGGUAACGUCCAACCCAUUGGACACGGAAGCAGAACCGGCGGUCGCGUUAGAAGCAAUACCCGCAAGGAAAGCCCAAGAGAUGUUGGUGGCGAUGGUCAAAAGGGCAAUGAAGGCAGAAUCCAAGGGGAACCAGGCAAUGGCUACUCGCUUCUACAACAUCAGCGCCGGCCUAGGGAGGGCGAUGUCAAAACCGGCCCCGGCGACACCAAGCCAUAA